GUCAUAGAGAAGCAUGAUGCAUACUUGAUUAUAAAGCAACCCCAUCAAUCCCGCAAUGCCAAAAAGUAAAAAACUAAAGCUAAUAAGCAGAACUUCAAGGAACCAUCAGCACAUUCCAAUGCCCUUAGAAAAAAGAUAAUAAUUCCUCCCCAAUAAAAGUGAAGGAAAACCCAUAAACAAUUCAACCAGAUUCCUCUCAACACUCCAUGUGAAUAAAGUCACACUCACCCACCAAAAUCAUGCUCUUCCAAUCCACAUUUACCCUCAACUCUCCAAGCAAAGAAUAUAUCAUUCCACACCCAACAAAAACACUUCAUCCAUCCUGAUCUCCAUACUCUGAAGAAACGCAUCAAUCCGGCCAUGAACAUGCACAUUUUCAACACCCUCUUCUACUUCUUUGUUAGUGCAGUAGUAGCUUUCUCAAGCCCACUUAAAUCAUGCAGAUCCUACUGUGGAAACAUAACCAUAGAUUACCCAUUUGCGCUCCAAUAUGGCUGCGGCCACCCAGGCUUCCGAGACCUCCUUUUUUGCAUGAACGAUGUGCUCAUGUUCCACAUUAGCUCCGGUUCCUACCGUGUCUUGGAAAUAGACUACGCUUAUCAAACACUUACCCUGCAUGAGCCUCACAUGUCUACCUGUGACACCAUCGUGCUAGGAGGCAAAGGCAACGGCUUCGUCGUCGAGCCGUGGCGGUACCCGUACAUGAACCCGAUCGCCGACAAUGUGUUCAUGCUAAUAGGCUGCUCGGCCCGGUCCCCACUCUUCCAAGGUUUCCCGGGAAAGCAUUUGCCAUGCCGGAACGUUUCCGGCAUGGGGUGCGAGGAGUACUAUGGGUGCCCGGCAUGGGAUUUGUUGGGUCACAGAUCAAAAGUAAUCAGCUCGGCGUACGGGUCCAGCCCUCCGGAAUGCUGCGCCGUGCCAUUUGAGUCGAUCAAGGCUAUAAAUCUCACGAAGCUCGAGUGCGAAGGGUACAGCAGUGCUUAUAGUCUAGCACCACUGAAAUUGGAUGGCCCUGGUACGUGGUCGUAUGGAGUACGUGUGAAGUAUACGGUGGUCGAGGAGAAUGAUGAUUUCUGCAGCGCCUGUGCGGCCACCGGCGGUAUUUGCGGGUAUGGUACCGACGGGAUCAGACAACUGUGCAUGUGCGGCCGAUUGAAUACAACCUCCAAUUGUGACUCAGUCAACUCAUCAAGCAGAACGAAGAGGUCAGUGGUGGACACAGUAGCUGCAGGAUUUUUUAUGGGUAUAAUAGCAUGGAUGACAGCCACUCAAAUAUUUUAAUGCAAAGAGCCAACUUCAUGUAUAUCUCCUGCAUUCUGUACGAGUGAAACGAGAUCACCUCUUUUUUUUUUUUGAUAAUAUAGGGCUUAAGGGGUUUCGAAUCCAGAUUUUUCAUUUGGAGAAUCGAGUCAUAUGCUAUCAGGCCAUUAAACUCUUGGCGUGAAACGAAAUCACUUGAUUACCUCUAUUUUGCUCAUUUGAAAAUGGAGAGUACUUAUUAAAGAUAAAACACAUGGUAUUUUGGUCAUUCUGCUUCUAAUAAUGACAAGUGAAAUGAUCAAAAUAUCUCGUAUUUUAUAUUAAAUAAAUAUGAUCCAUUUCAAUUAAAUUAAACAUUCUCAUCUUCUAAAAGAGAGAAAGUGAGCAUAUUUGUAAAUGUUUAUGCUUCAUUUACCACUGCAAUUUAGAUUUUAUGUAAAGAUGAGAAGUAUUUAUUGUCCUAGGUCUUGAAUGUCGGAUUUCAUGCCAAAGACGUAAGUGCCGAGGUUGCCAUGUUUGUGUCACACGUGAUGUUCAUAUUCAAUGUACAUAUCUUUAUUAGAUGGUGCUAGCGGCCGUCUAGCACUUACCGCUAGCAUAAAAAUAGGGAUUGAUUUUUUUGUAA